AUGAAAAAAUCUCAUUUACAUGUAUGGACAGAUACAUUUGUUACAAAGUUAAUUAUUGAUUCCAAAACAAAAGAAACAUGUGGUGUUGUAUAUAUUAAAGGUGCAAAUUUAUAUAAAGCAAGUUCGUUAGCAUCACAGACUCUAAAUAGUAAUCAAUUGAAAAAAUCCUCAAUUUAUGCAAAGCGUGAAAUUAUUGUGUCAGGUGGACAAUGGAUGACGCCGCAAUUAUUGCAACUGAGUGGUAUUGGUGAUAAAGAUCUAUUAAAGAAAUUUGGAAUUCCAGUUAUACAAGAUUUACCAGGUGUUGGUAUCAAUCAGCAAGAUCGUUCGGAAGGAGUAUAUGUUGUUAAAUUAAAACCGAAUGUUGAUAUAGCUGGUAUAAGAAGUAUUAAUUGUACAUAUAAUGCUACACUUGAUGAUCCAUGUUUAAUUGAUUAUAUCGAACAUCCUCAAACUGCUUUAGCAAAUUGGGUAAAUGAAUCAUUACAAUAUCCUGUAGGAGCAUACUUAUCUGUCAAUAUAAAUCUGGCACAUGUUGACAAUAAUUUAGGUUCAGUUCGUAUUCAAUCUACUAAUGCAUUUGAUACACCAUUGAUUCAAUUAAAACACUUUAGUGGUCCAAAUAAAGAAAUUGAUCUUAGUAGAACAAUACAAAGUAUUCGAUAUCUACGAACUUUAUUACUAAACAGUUCGUUUUCUGAAUAUAUUGAUUAUGAAGUAUUACCUGGUGAUCAAGUACAAACUGAUAAACAAUUGAGUGAAUUUAUAUAUAAAUAUGUGUGGGGACAUCAUGCUUGUUAUACAGCUAAAAUUGGACAUACAAAAACAGAUCCAUUCGCUGUUCUCAAUUCAAAAGCACAAGUUAAAGGCAUUAAAAUUUUACGUGUUUGCGAUAUAUCUAUAUUUUCAAAAAUAAUUGGAUAUUAUCCACUUAUCCCAAUUAUAACAGCUUGCGAAAAGUUAGCUGAUAAUAUUAUUAAACAUGCUAAAUAUUAG